AUGGCGUCAAACACUGUGCAGAUGACCUUCGAUCGGCUGGUUCAGCUGCCAGGCGUGACGGGGGCAAUCCUGAUCGAUGGCAAUGGAGUUCCGGUGCGGACCAAUUUGCCGGCGAAUGUGGCCCGCAUAUACGCCGAUCGGAUGAGGCCACUGGUGACCCUGGCACGCUCCAUGGUGCAGGAUUUGGAGAACGGGGACGAGCUGAGUUACGUGCGGCUGCGCACCCGCCGCCAGGAGACGAUGGUGGCCACCGAGAACGAGCACACGAUCAUUCUGAUCCAGGACAACCGUAUGCUCGACGAAUCCCGAAGGAGCAGUGUCGCCUCGCGGAGAGCCUCGGCGCUCUAACGGAUUCGAGUCCAGUAGGGGUCGUAACAAGCUGCGCCAGCGGGUAACGGCCACGUCCUGAUGUCCUGGCUGAGAGAAGUCCUUGCACGGACGAUCUCACAAAUCCAAAGCACAGAGCUGAAAUUGUGAGCCGGGGCAUUGCUGUGCUGGAAGAGCACGCAAAAAUAAAAUCCACAUACAGGCGGGGUAAAUUGUGUUUGCGUAC